AUGAGCUUUGGUUUCUCCGUCGGCGACAUCCUCGCGGUCUUGAAGUUGACUGGAAAGAUCCGUAAAGACUUCAAAGGAGCGCCCAGACAAUUCAAGAGUAUCAGUGAGGACGUUCGGUCACUUUCCAUCGUCAUCCAGGAUGCCCACGCCAAUAUCGACCAACUGACUGAGCAUCAAGCUGCCAACUUUGCACAGAUUCUAGCAACCUGUAAGAAUCUGCUACAUGAGCUGGAGAAUGUCAUGGACAAGUGGUGCAUUAUUUCUAAGCCGCGGAAAGGCAAGGAAAUACAGAGACUUUGGAAGAGGCUGAGGUGGGAACCUGAAGAGAUCAUCGAUCUGAGAGCCCAGAUUACCUCCAACAUUGUUCUUUUGAAUGCCUAUAAUGAUCAUGCGACAGCGCACAAUGUUGCCAAGCUCGUUCGGCACAGCGAGGGCGAUCAGAAGCAAUUGAUGCUGGAUUGGAUAAGCUCAAUUGACUACAUUCCCCAGCAAAAUCAUUUGGUCGGCCGGCUCCAAGCGAACUCACGAAGAUGGCUUUUCAACAUGACCGAAUACCAUGAAUGGCAGAAUCAAAAAGGUCAAACCUUAUUUUGCCCGGGCGACCCAGGCAGUGGAAAGACGUUUACCACAGCACUUCUGAUCGAAGUGUUACAGGAACAGGCGCAAGACAAUCCCGCAGUUCUCAACACAUACGUGUACUGCAAUUAUCAAUCACAAAGCCAAGACGUUCAAGGCCUGCUUCGUAGCUUGUUUCGCAACUCCCUCCAACAGGCUGGUUCGAUUCCCGAAGCAAUUCGCUCGCAGUGUGAUCGGAAGAGAAUGGCGGAACAGGGCCUGUUAAGAGACGAGACCAUAAAGCUCCUGGAAACGCUAUACGGCUCGUUUGAGAGGGUAAACUUGCUGGUGGACGCUUUGGAUGAGCUCCCUACGGAAGUCAGUCGGCGAUUCAUCUCAGACCUGCUCAAGCUACAAAAAGGUUGCCAAUUCAACUUAUUCUUGACAUCGCGCCAGAUCCCGGAGAUACAACAUCAGUGUACGGGAAGGGGAGCAAAGGUGAUCGAGAUUCGAGCAAGUGAUGAAGACAUUCAUCAAUUCUUGGAGGAUUCGAUGUUCCAACUUCCGAGGUUCGUUGAGAGAGAUGCAGCUCUCCAAAACGAGAUAAUCAAAGAAAUAACUGAAGCUAGUUCUGGCAUGUUCCUUCUUGCUGAGCUGCAUCUGCGAUCUUUAAUGAAUAAGAAGUCGCCGAAAGCAUUACGCUUAUCGCUCGAGAAGUUAGCGACUGGUUCAAAUGCCUAUGAUAACGCAUAUGAGGAUUCAAUGGCUAGAAUUGUUAGGCUCGGCCCAGAUUCGGAAACGCUUGCCAAACAGGCUUUGAUGAUACUAGUCUGUACCCGGCAGACUCUUCACACUGAAGAUCUCACAUACGCAUUAUCUGUUGAACCUGACAGUGAAGCUCUUGAUUAUGACAACAUACCAGAUAUUGAAGAUGUAGCAGGUGUCUGCGCCGGUCUCAUGGUCAUUGAUAAGGAAAGUGACACUGUUAAGCUCGUGCACAAAUCAGCACAGGAAUAUUUUGAGCGCAAUCAAUCACGAUGGUUCUCAAAUGCCAGCGAAACAAUGGCACGCCUUUGCUUAAAAUAUAAGUCUCUCACUACCUUGGCACCAGGAUUCGACAAAGAUAUUGAAGCAACGUGGCCGCCCUUCUGGAGAUAUGCCGAUCUCAAUUGGGCCUACCAUUCCCGUCGCGCUGACAAAGACGAUGAGGUUUCUGAAGUACGUAAUGGCAAUAUUGACGAAAAUCAAAGAUUGUCCAAUCUGCAUUCUGUAUCGAACAUAGCAAUCAGUCUUCUUGCAACAGAUAUGUUUGGUAGCCUUACCUCCGCACUUCAAAACGCCUGCCGAGAGAGGCGUCAUGCCUUGGUGGAGCUUCUCAUCUCAGUCAAUGACUACGAUCUGAGCCAGCCAGCAUGCAAUCCUGCACAACCUUGCCAGUGUAACUAUGAUGACUCAGACUCAGAGGCAUCUCCGGCGCUUGAAGGAGAUGCAUGUUCUAGAGAUGGGACUGAAAUCGGGACUGGUGACACCGAUGGUAGAAAAAGCCCUUGUUCGUAUUGCGGGCUUCAGCGAAUUGGUCACCGAGAAACCCUGAAUAGCCAGUCUGAGACCAAAGCCGCUGUUCCAGAUAGACUUCUAGGGUCCGAAGACGAUACCUGUUCAGAGGAUCAGACAGAGAGCGAUACUUAUAGAUCCAACGAUAGACAAAGGCCUAGUUGGCUCGGUGAUCUCGAUCAUCACGAUGAUGAGACACUUACUGAAAUAGGUCACAACCACAACCACAACCCAGAUGCUUUACUAAGGAAUCUUUGGAGCAAAGUCGACUCAGACAUGGAGUCUUUACUUACAUGGAUCCGUCUCAAUGGAUACGGCAGAGAAGAGCGUAACUUACUGAUAGAAGAAGAUCUCACUAAAGAGGGAUGUCUCUUAGUUAUAUCUGCUGCAAACGGCGAUCAUGCUAUGGCCAGAAUCCUUCUCAAUCAUGGGGCAGACCCUAACGUGGUUGGGACUCUGGGUCAGACACCUCUCUAUAUCGCGGCAAGAUACGGAAAGCAUACCGUAGUCUCUCUUCUCCUCGAACAGCCAACGAUUAAUCCAGAUUGCGAGUAUAAAGGGAUGACACGGCGCAAUACAAAGCCGAUUACACGGGGCAUGCAAAAGACCCAAAGGGUAUGCUGGACUCCACUUCUAGUCGCCGCUUACUUUGGUCGCAAGAAAUGUGUAAGACUGUUGUUGGAUCAAGCACAGCGAAACUACAGAGAUGAAUCAGGAAGGAAUGCUGCGUGCCUUGCUGCUGAAGCUGGACGUGCGCAGGUGCUUGAAGAGUUGUUGCAGUGGUCGGAUAUUCAGCUUGACCCUGGAGAAGGCCUCGACGGUCUCUCGCCUUUGAAUAUUGCACUUCAAAAUGAGAGAGAGAAAACGGCAUUGACUCUGAUACCUUACUCCGACAUCAACUGUCAAUACUCGACAGGCGACAGACCAUUGAACGUCGCUGCCAAGGCCUCAAGCCUGAAGGCGAUUGAAAAGCUCUUUGCACAGAAACACGUCCGCGUCAACGCAAAAGGGUUGAGAGGUCGGACUGUCCUGCACAAUGCCGCUGUGGCCGGGGACGAGAGGAUGAUGGCGCUGAUACUGGCCAAUCCAAGUAUCGAUAUCAACGCUCGCGACAACGAUGGGAAUACCGCUGUUAUGACACUCCUCCACUAUUUAAGAAGACGGCAUGUCGAAGACUCAGAUGGACUGGCAUUGAUGCUAUCAAGACCUGAGUUAGCUAUCAAUGCGCAAAAUUUGAAUGGCAACACAGCUCUUCUCAUAGCUGCAUCUUUUGACUUUCGGAGACAUUUCAGACCGAAUAGGGUACUGAACGCGCUACUCUUCCGUCCUGGUGUAGAUAAGGAACACAGAAACAAUCUUGGUCAGACUGUUCUAACUCGUGCCGUUAAGCAAGGCUCACCAAUGAUCCAGACGAUCGUAAGGGAGACGCAGCUAUCACAUCAGUUCCGAGAAACCGACGAUGAAGGGGAGACAUUGGUCUCUCUGGCUGCCGCUUGCCACGGGGAUCAUUGUGGCUGGUCCGAUUCUAAUUGGCAAUUUAUAGUUGAGAUGUCCCCUCCGGAGUUUAUGCAUCGCAACACUCGGUUGAGGACACCGGACCAGAUCCGACAGGAAUGGCUCAGCUCGGACGCUCGUAAUCGCAAGGCGCCAACGUGGAUGCAUCGUCAAGAGUUACUCUGA